ACAAAACCAAACCCAACCCACUUCUUUCUAUUUUAAUUUUCCCAGUAACGACACACAAUACUCCAAGACGACAUCGUUUCAUUCAGCACCGCGGAUCUCAGAGAGAGAGAGAAAGACUUGUUCUUUUUUUUUUUUUAACUAACUCUUUUAACAAACUUAACUUACUUAUACCUCGAUCUCCGAUCACCGGCGCCGGCGGGCAUUUUCAUUUCUCCGAUGAGAAUGCCCGAACAAUGAGCAAAUCUCGUAACCAAAACGACGAAGCUGAAGACCAAAACGACAACGAAUUUUUCUACGAGUCUCUUGAUCGGUUACUUUCCUCUACUACUUGCUCUUCUUCAUCUUCUUCAGAUAAUGAAGAAGAUAUUAAUAAUCACUGCCACGUGUUUCCGAAUGGAGUCACCGGAAGCUAUGACGUAUGGAUCUCACAACCGUCGUCGGUGGAGGAACGGAGGUCGAGGUUGCUGCGGCAGCUCGGACUGCCGCCGGUUUUAGGUAAGUCAAUAUCUGCGGAUCAGUUAGAUAUAGAUGAUUACGAUGAAGACGAGGAGGAUAUACGUAUUGCGUCUGUAAUCGUACGGUCGAAAUCUGCUGAUCAUGAAACACGUGGUGAUUUAAAUUUGAAUAGUAAUAAUAAUACUACUAAUUGUGAAGAAAUUCUUUUAAUUAAUUCUGAAAGUGUAAAUAAUAAGGUUGAUAAUAAUAAUGAUGAUGAUAAGGAUAGUGAGAAACAUUUGUUGGUGAGAUCGUCGAGUGUUGGUGUUGGUGAUGGUAAUAGUGUUUGUAAGCCGCCUACGGGUAAAGUUGUUAGGCGGAGUGAGGAGAUUGUGAAAUGUGAUGUGAGUGUUGAUAGGAAUGGGGGUGAUUCGGUUGGGAUGUAUUUGGAUGUGGAUUUGGGAAGGGAUGGUGGUGAAGAUGAUGAUGCGGUGUGUACGAUUAAGAAUUUGGAUAAUGGGAAGGAGUUUGUGGUGAAGGAGGUUAGAGAGGAUGGAAUGUGUGGGAAUUUGAAGGAAGUUGGGACGGGGAGGCAUUUGACGAUGGAAGAGUUUGAAAUGUGUGUUGGACAUUCGCCGAUUGUUCAGGAGUUAAUGAGACGGCAGAAUGUUGAAGCUGGUAAUGGUGAGGAUUUGGUUGAUUUGAAUGGGAAUGGUAGUGGUGGGAGUGGAUCUAAGUUGAAAAAGAAAGGGAGUUGGUUAAAGAGUAUUAAGAAUGUAGCUAGUUCGGUUACAGGGAGCAAAGAGAGACGGAGUAGUGAUGAGAGAGAUACGUCGUCGGAGAAGGGUGGGAGACGGUCUAGUUCAGCUACUGAUGAUAGUCAAGAUGCUUCUUUUCAUGGUCCAGAGAGAGUUCGGGUUCGGCAGUAUGGAAAAUCUUUUAAAGAUCUUACAGCUUUGUAUAAAAGUCAAGAGAUUCAGGCUCAUAAUGGUUCUAUAUGGACUAUUAAGUUUAGUUUGGAUGGGAAAUAUCUUGCUAGUGCGGGUGAGGAUUGUCUCAUCCAUAUUUGGGAAGUUGUUGGUUCAGAAAGGAAAGGCGAUCUGUUGUUUGAUAAACAGGAAGAUGGAAAUUUGAAUGUGUUAUUGAUGUCCAACGGUUCGCCAGAGUCAAUACCACUACCUUCAAGUUUGGAAAGUGUACCCGAAAGGAAACGAAGAGGAAGACUAUCUAUAAGCCGAAAGUCUAUAAGCUUGGAUCCUAUCGUUGUGCCGGAGACUGUAUUUGCGUUGUCAGAAAAACCCAUUUGUUCUUUCAAUGGGCAUCUGAAUGAUGUGCUUGACCUGUCCUGGUCCAAAUCUCAGCAUUUGCUUUCAUCCUCCAUGGAUAAAACAGUACGGUUGUGGCAGUUGUCUAGCAAGUCAUGUUUAAAGGUCUUUUCUCACAGCGAUUAUGUGACUUGCAUCCAGUUUAAUCCUGUUGAUGAUAGAUACUUUAUCAGUGGGUCUCUAGAUGCCAAGGUUCGCAUAUGGAGCAUUCCUGAUCGACAAGUUGUUGAUUGGAAUGAUCUACAUGAGAUGGUCACUUCUGCUUGCUAUACACCUGACGGUCAGGCUGCGCUUGUUGGUUCAUAUAAGGGGAGCUGCCGUCUGUAUAACACCAGCGAAAAUAAGUUGCAACAGAAGAGUCAGAUCAACCUGCAAAAUAAGAAAAAGAAGCCACACCAUAAAAAAAUUACCGGGUUUCAGUUUGUUCCAGGCAGUACAUCAGAAGUGCUCAUAACGUCUGCGGAUUCACGAAUUCGUGUUGUUGAUGGUGUUGACCUUGUCCAUAAGUUUAAAGGGUUUCGCAACACAAACAGCCAAAUUUCAGCCCACCUUACAGCAAAUGGUAGAUACGUGGUUUGUGCCAGUGAGGAUUCCAAUGUAUAUGUUUGGAAACACGAAGGUGAUUCUCGUGCUAGCAGAAACAAAGGGGUUACAGUUACUCAAUCCUACGAGCACUUCCAUUGUCAAGAUGUAUCAGUGGCUGUUCCAUGGCCUGGUAUGACAGAUGCCUGUUGGGGUUUUCAAGAUGGGUUUGCUGAACCCACUAGGUUAAGUAGCGAAAGGGACCGGUUAGACGAUGUGUCUUCGGCUAACCAUCCCCCUACACCAGCAGAUGACAGUAAUGGAAAAGACGCUUCUCCAUUACUAGCUUCUGGCUGUAGCAGCAGCCCUCUUCAUGGAACUAUCUCUAGUGCAACCAAUGGUUACCUUUACGAUAGGAUGUCGGCUACAUGGCCAGAGGAAAAGCUUGUUUUGGCUUCUAAGAACCCAAGUCCUCGGACCAGUGUUGAUUUUUCAAACGGGAUGAGCCCAGGGAAGUCAGCAUGGGGUAUGGUGAUUGUGACAGCGGGACUACGUGGGGAAAUCAGAACAUUCCAGAAUUUUGGAAUACCGGUACGGAUAUAAGUGGAUGGUUGUACAGAUAGCUUCAAUGAUUUGUAAAAUUUAGCAGGAGAGUCUUCUUUUCUUUUUAUGCUACUUCUGCUUGUUCAAAUUUGGAACUGAUGGAGGAGCCAGUUCGAGUAGGAAAAACAAAUAGAGUUGUUGGGGGAAAAUAACCAAAAAGAAAUUAAAAAAAGAAAAAAAAAAGUGAGGAGAAUACGGUUGGGGAGUCUAGAAAACGAUGAUGAACUGUAGAGACUUGAAGAUAUUAAUUUGUUCUUUUACGAUUCAUUCUUGUGUAUUCGUUCUUUGUAUCUUCCUUCCCCCCUUUUAACUUAUUUUGUGUUGGUGAAAAUGAAAGUAUUCUUGAUUGUGUAUACAA